AUGCCGAAGUGCGAAAAGUUCGUCAAGCUGUACGAGGCGUGCGCGGAGAGGAUCAAGGGAGACGAGACGGGGGAGGCGCACUGCACGGGGCAAUAUUUUGACAUGUACAAGUGCGUGGAUGAAUGCGCGAAGGACGAAGUGAUGCGACGCACGGCGUAG